GCAAAACUACACAAGUAGGAGGAAAGCAGGCCACUCCUUCUAGAAUUCCACUUCAUCUCGAUGAUCCUGAUGAUGAUUUGGCAGCAGAUAAACGCGUUGCAGAAAUCGAAAGAGAAGCGCUCAGGGAACACGAAGAAACGUCCAAUUUUAAGAGUCAGUCUGCUACUGCUGCUGCUGUUGCAUCUACUUCAUCUACAUCCGCAGGAAAUAGUACAAGUACUGCUUUACUUCUAGAGAAUAAGAAGCAGCACUAUUCUCACUCAAUAAGUAGUGCUGCCGGGUACACAAAACUUGCUGCUCUUGACUCAACAAAGUUUCUGGAUCACAGCGAGUAUGACCUUAGCCGUGUCCGCUUUGGCUUUUUUCGACCGUCAGCUUCAGGAGUACACAUCAGAGCGCCUGGCGCUGACGUCGGUCCCUUCCACGAACGGGAUAGCAGUAAAUACGGACGUCAGCACAUGCAAGAUUUGCGAACGGCCUUACAACUCGAGAACACCAUUCAAAAAGAAUUGGAAGAGUUUUCAAACAGAGGAUCUUCAACAGGUAAAGGUGCAAUAGGUUCAGACACAGCACGAGGGCCAAAUGGUUGUAGUCUUGGUCUUGUUGGCGUUGGUACCACCACCACCACAGUUGGGUACAGUGAAGCUCGACGCUCAAAAUUUCCAACUACAAGAAAAUCAAGGACAUCCCUUUCCUCUACAGCCAAGACCACAUCUUCAAGAACAUCAACAAGAAACAUGAAAAUCACCAAGACCACUUCAUCUACGACGAGUAGGAAAUCAAAAGUAUCCUCCGUGUCCUCUGUGUUGGCAAAGAACAACGACCAUCAAAUAACUAGUCCAGUGCGAAUGAACGAUAACAAAAUCAUGCACGUGGACCCUGAGGUCUACGAGGACAGCGAUGACAGCUAUAGUUAAGACAAUCAGAUUAUAAGAUAAUCGUAAACGGUUUCCCGGUUUACUAUGAAUAAGGAUGUAGCUCUUUCUUUUGAUUGAAAGAUUCCUGAUUGCCGUAUCAUCUUCAAACACUAAUAUACCUCAUCCUCGUCUUCGCAGUCGAGCCAAAGUGGGAGUUCGCGGUCGCAGUCUACAUCUCCAAGGCCUACAGUGACGAAACAGAAGCAGAAGCGAGGAGAAGACCAACAUCCUCAAGGAAAGGCUCUACCGAGUAAUAACAUCGCGACGCUUGCCCCCACUUCUACUGAAGUAGAAGGUCCUCGUGGAGAAAGUACAACAAGAGGUGACGGCGAACAACAUCAAGGUAAACCAGCACCGGUGCCGCGUGCUCAAAGUGACACAAGGGACCGGGACAGUGAGUCUUCCUACUCAUCAUCAUCUUCCUCUCGAAGCUAUAGCUAUUCAUCUGGUGCAUCCAGUCGGAGUAGUAGAAGUGGUUCUUCUAUCAGUCUUCGAGAUGCGAGCUCGGCUACUCCGACUUCUAGAAGGAAUCUUGGAGGAAAUCGAAAUGAUAAACGAAAGGGAGCUGCUGUUCGAUUCUCAGGGAAGGACGAAGUAACACGUUACGAAGUUCACUCUUAGGGGGAAAGUACAAGCUGGAAACUUAGACAGCAUGAUCCCUAUUUGUUUCUAAAAAUGAGCUUUCUCCUGUUUGUAGUUUAGACCACUUCUUUCGUCAGCAUGAUAUUGUUCCUGAUCCGAUGUGAAAACUUGACUCACUCCCGUCGUAAAGUCUUGAUGAAUCCUGGAAAGCAAACUUUGGAGCCCUCACUGACUGGCAAACUGGUAGAGUUUGGAGCCCUCACUGACUGAUUCUGG